AUGGAGAUCGAUGAUGAAAAAGUUCUCGCCCGCGCCUCUGCACACCACCACGGCCAUGUCUCCUUCUGCAAAGAAAUGUAUCUCUUCCUCUGCGAUACUGGCGUUCUGGCCGCCGCUCCCACUGGGAUCCGUCGUGGUGAUGUGCUGUACUUCCUUCCUGGGUUCAGUUGUCCGUUUGUGGUGCUGAGGGGGAGGAAUGAGCAGUGGGAGAUGGUGAGUUUAGCGUGGUUGGGACCGCUGAAGUUGGUGCCUAGUUGUUUUACGAGGAGGGGUAUUGUUUUUGAGAGGGAGAGGUGGGAGGGGUUGAAGAUUGUGUGA